CCUCCGGGCGCCCCACCCCGCUCCUCCCGGCGCUCGGGCUCGCGGGCUCGCGGGCGCGGUCCCAGGGAGCGUGCCCUGCGUGCGGGUUCCCGCCUAGCCCGCGGGGCGCAAGAACCGAGGGUGCCAGGGCCGGGGCCUGUGGAACGGGCGCCGAGCCGAGGCGUGCAGCGGCGGCGGCGCCCGGGGCGACGUGGAGCGCAGGCGGUGUCACUGUUUUGCUUGGUCCAAUCAUGAUUGGUGACUUCAGCUAUUGGCUCGGAGCGCUGGCUGUCUCACUCCAUCUGCAGGGCUGUAAUACCUACUCUCCUCCGAUCCAUUCACCACACAACUUCAGCCGGCUGAACAGACUCACUGGGCUCCAGCACAUCUUCUAACCUAAUUCAGAGAGCAAGUGCCACAGCUCUGUGCCUGUCGUCUUCUCUCAGUGUAGCAUUUGCAGAGACGGUAAAGAAUAGGUCCAAGAAAAGCUCGAAGAAAACAAAUCCUAGCAGCAGCAAUAGCAGCAGCAGCAGCAGCAGCAGCGGCGGCGGCAGCAAGUUACCCCCAGUUUGUUAUGAAAUAAUUACCUUGAAGACCAAGAAGAAGAAGAAGAUGGCUGCUGAUAUAUUCCCUCGCAAAAAGCCAGCCAACUCCAGCAGCACCACUGUCCAGCAGUACCACCAGCAGAAUCUGAGUAACAACAACCUCAUCCCGGCCCCAAAUUGGCAAGGUCUCUACCCCACCAUUAGAGAAAGAAAUGCGGUGAUGUUCAAUAAUGAUUUGAUGGCAGAUGUACAUUUUGUGGUUGGGCCACCAGGUGGGACUCAGCGGUUGCCAGGACACAAAUAUGUCUUAGCUGUUGGGAGCUCUGUGUUCCAUGCGAUGUUUUACGGAGAACUUGCUGAGGACAAAGAUGAGAUCCGUAUACCAGAUGUCGAACCUGCUGCUUUUCUCGCUAUGCUGAAGUAUAUCUAUUGUGAUGAAAUUGACCUGGCUGCUGACACAGUGCUGGCCACACUGUAUGCUGCCAAGAAAUACAUUGUCCCUCACCUUGCCCGUGCCUGUGUGAAUUUCCUGGAGACCAGCCUGAGUGCCAAGAACGCCUGCGUACUGCUCUCACAGAGCUGCCUAUUUGAAGAACCAGACCUGACCCAGCGCUGCUGGGAGGUGAUCGAUGCCCAGGCCGAGUUAGCUCUCAAGUCUGAGGGGUUCUGUGACAUCGACUUCCAGACGCUAGAAAGUAUCCUCCGCAGGGAAACUCUGAAUGCCAAAGAAAUUGUUGUUUUUGAGGCAGCUCUCAACUGGGCUGAAGUAGAAUGCCAGCGACAAGAUCUAGCCUCAAGCAUUGAAAAUAAACGCAAGGUCCUAGGAAAGGCACUUUACUUGAUCCGCAUACCCACAAUGGCCCUGGAUGACUUUGCAAAUGGUGCUGCCCAGUCUGGAGUAUUAACUCUCAAUGAGACCAAUGACAUUUUCCUCUGGUACACUGCAGCCAAAAAGCCUGAGCUGCAGUUUGUGAGUAAAGCCCGCAAGGGUCUUGUUCCCCAGCGCUGUCACCGUUUUCAGUCUUGUGCCUAUCGGAGCAACCAGUGGCGCUAUCGAGGCCGCUGUGACAGCAUCCAGUUUGCAGUUGACAAGAGAGUGUUCAUUGCAGGCUUUGGGCUGUAUGGCUCCAGCUGUGGCUCUGCAGAGUAUAGCGCCAAGAUUGAACUCAAGCGGCAGGGGGUCGUCCUGGGGCAGAACCUGAGCAAGUACUUUUCAGAUGGGUCCAGCAAUACCUUCCCCGUGUGGUUUGAGUACCCAGUGCAGAUAGAGCCAGACACCUUCUACACAGCCAGUGUGAUCCUGGACGGCAACGAACUCAGCUACUUCGGACAAGAAGGCAUGACAGAAGUUCAGUGUGGCAAAGUGACUGUCCAGUUUCAGUGCUCCUCAGAUAGCACAAAUGGCACUGGUGUACAGGGAGGUCAGAUCCCUGAACUCAUAUUCUAUGCUUGAAACUUUGCCUCCCCAAACAGUGCAAACCCGAGGUGCAUAUCUGGUCCCUCCUUGCUUAAUGCUUAGCUCGUCUGCAGAUAAGCGAUCAGCACAGGCAAUUUGUAACGAACGAAGCAGUAGGCAAUUUCUAAUUUCUUUUAAGCUUUUACUUACGUACAGGCUAAGAUGCAGCAUUCUGCUUUUAAUAUACACGUAAGAGCCAAGUUCUUUUAAGGCUUUGUGGUCUUUCAUGUUGCAUCUGUACGCCUGAGCAAGACCUUAUGCUCUUCCAGGUGCCCUGCCGACCUCCCAGUUUGUCCCUCUGAAGAAAGUUUGGGAUCACCUCGAAUUUCCUUUUGGAUUUUAUUUGAUGAGUAAAAAUGAUCUAAAAUAAUAACAUCAAGAGGUAUUUUUAAACAGAAGCUCUGGCCCCUUAAAAGAAGAUAAACCUCUCUACAAUUUUAGAAGAUGCUUUGGUUUGUAAUAAGUAAUAAUUUAGAAAGUAAGCAGUAGUCAUAUUUAGCUCUUUAUUCCUUUUAAAUUUGUUGAUUCUGGACUUUACUUUCUUAAAUCCUAAACUCAUAAGAAUGUUACUUAUUAAACAAUUCAAAGUCAGUAUAAAAUAAGAAAUUGGGUAUUAGGCCAGAAUGAAUUUAUUUUGUUUAGAAAACAAGAUAUCACCAUAGAGCAUGCUUCUUUCAGAAAUAAUGCAAUUAUAAAAUUUUAUUAUCACUAGAAAAAAACUCCAGGCUUACUAAUUUACACUAAAGCAGUUUUAAAAGAAGCCUAAAGAAGUUCUAUACCACAAAGAGCAUACAGUUUGAAAAAGCCAAACACUUUUUUUGCCAUGUAGCUUUGGAUCCUGGCUGUCUACUUGCUUUUGUAUGUCAUAUUGUAUAAAAUUUCUUUUCUCUUUCUGCCCAUUAAAAGAGGACCAAACGAUCUUUAGAGGAAGGGGGUAUCAGUUUUGUAGCACUACAUGUUAAUGUGAUAAGUAGUUCAUUCAUUGUUUUUAAUCUGAAAUGUACUUUACUUGAUCUUUGACCAUUCUGCGAUCUUAUUGUUGAUUAUAGUUCUGUCUUGUUGGACUGCUAGAAUCUGGCCUCUGGCCAUCUUAAAGUGCCAAUAUAUGCCUGCAGGGUUUUUGAGUGACACACUUGAUUAUGCCUACUAUUCACUGCAUCAGCAUUACUCCAGCUCUUUCGUUUACCCAUGGAUAAUGUAAGCAAAGGAAGGAAGUGCUCUUUAGAAAUUCUCCUUCAACAAUGGCUCGUGAUCCUGCAGUGUCCAGUAUGUCACUGCUUGUGAUCCUGCAGUGUCCAGUGAUCCUGCAGUGUGCAGUAUGUCACUGCCAGGUGAAGAAUCCAUGUGUUUCUGGGCAGCUUUUGUGCUCGGUGUGGUCCUGAGAUGGCUUCCCCCACCACCUAGAGUGUGGUCCCUGGCCACCUCCUUCUCCUGCUCCAAGCCCGAAACUGGCUUGUCCAGAGCCAGGGGUUAGUCCUGGGGUGUGUGCGUGCCUGCGCUCCCUUGCGCAUGCGAGUGAGAUGGCCGACUCAGGAAUCGCCUCCUCCCCGCCUGGCUGAUGAGAGGCGGGACAGGAAUGGUCCCCCGCUGGCCCCAGAAAGGCCCAAGGAAUGACUGCCCUUCCUCACUGUGCUUCUGGGCCUCCUUCCCCAGAGUCUGGGGCUCCUUGCCUUUGGCCAGCUGCCCCAUGGAGAACACUGGAUUAUCGGAAGCUUCAGUCAUGUUUGCCAUUAUCUACAUCUGUGAAUAGUUAUCUGUUAUUAGGGAGAUUACAGGUAGUUUUGGCAAAGCAUCUAUGAAAUAGAGGCACAUUUUCAAUUAAAAAUGCUUCUUCAGAGAUUUUGUUUUAAAGUUAUGGUUAAACAUUUCAGUAACUCAGCACUACCGUGCAAAUUGGUGGUCCUGAGGAGAAGGCACUGUUCACAGCCAGAGAAGAAAUGUGAGCACUGGCUCCAUCCUGCCCCGUGGGUGAGGUGGGUGGGAAAGCCUUAGGGUGGGGGGCACCUGUGCCCUGCUGGCUGUGGUGCUCAAGCUGCUGAGCUGCCUGCCCUCCAUGGAGCUGGCAGCCCGCUGGGUAGAGCCACCUGAGGUCCAUACACUCCUCUUUCCACCUAAUUUUACACCAAUCACUCCUCCAUCCACCAUCAGAUUGGCCUGUGCCAAGAGCUGUGGGUACAAUUUGCAAGUUGUAGUAGAGUAAGACAUUUUAUAUUUUGAACCCUAUUCUCCUUUCUUCAUUUUCAGCAAAAUGGAAUGAAAAGCUAAUGUGCUUGCUUUGGCUUUGUCGUUUUUGUUUUUUUGGUAAUUUUGAAUUUUUGUAGUUUUUAAAAGUAGAAACCAUUGUUCUGACAAGGCAAGCAACUCUAAUGUAUAAAUACAACUUUAUUACACAGAAUAAAUAUGCUUAGAUGCUUUUCCCAAUGUAUCCGGCAGUCUUUGUUGUUCAUACUGGGGAAUAAGGGUAACUAGGCUAGCAGUUCUAAUGUAACAUUCUUUAAGCUUAUCUUAAAGUAGUAUUUAAAUGAUCUAAUUUUUCCAUGAUUAUUGCACUGAACUGUUGUCCUUUUUUUUUAAGUGUUUAUAUAAACUCAGCUAAUUCAAGACACUGUAGCCACUUGUGCAUCAGAGUGCUUGACUUUAGCAGCUUACAGCAUUAUUUAUGAAGGAAAAUAUAUAAAUAUGAAGUACCUCAUGUUGAAUGUUAUUGUACUGUAUUUUUAAUGUAACAGUGCAGAUCUUGUUAGACACAUGAAUGUGUAUAAUCAUGUUAAAUGCAAAUAAAAUAAAACUUCAUAGAUUUGUUUACCA